AAGAACGACGUAUUCCGAGAAUCGCGUCCUUAGCAACCAAGACUUCCCUUGCAAGUUGCUGUCAGAGAAAGCAUCUUUACAGCCUCAGCGGAAAGUCAUUCAUUUAGUCAAACGUGCACCUGGUAGGAAAUGUGUCGUUAUUAAAAUAGGUGUGUCUGACGCUGCAAAGAACGACAGCGAUUAGUCAGAAAAAAAGACAACGUUAGUGAACGGAAAUGUUUAAUGUGGUCACUCAACCUGACUCGACACUUCCGUUGUUACCGAGAAACAUGGCGGAUAAGCGGCGUUCGGGAGUGAUGUCUGACUCAAAACCAACAACCAAAGCAGAGACGGACCAAGAAUUCUUAUCUCAGGCAGGCGUAGGAGUUUUACUUCGAGGUGCGUUGCUUAAACUCGUAGAGGCUAGAUCUGAAGAUCCUAUUGGUUUCCUGGCCGAACACUUCAGCAAUUUAGCAUCCGAAACGGACAACAGUCCGGUCGGAGGCAGUGAUGGGGAGCAUCACUGUAAUGUACUGGAGCAGCAGCAGCUUAGCCGAGCCUUGUGGCACAUCGGUUUAGCGCAUCAUUCGCAAAGAUCAGCAUUCAAUAGCAACACACGUGUAGCUUAUGACCUCCUCAAGCAGAAUGGGCCUCGUCGCCGUGGUGGUGCUGGUGGUGUCAAAGGUCGCGUGUACACGGAGCUGCUCCGUGGCUUAUGCAGCGAGGGCGGCCUGUCCGUCACCGCCUCUGCCCCGCUCCUGCAGCGCAUUCACUGCCACGACCACGAGGCGGUGCCCUUUGAGCUCUUCCGGCAGGGCGUGCUGACCUGCGCCGUGUUCGCCGACUACAUCCGCAAGUCCCAGUGCCUGUACGCGGCCGUCAGCAGCUGUCCCGAGCGGGCCGCUGACAGGGUGUUGUGUCAGGCCGUGCUGGGGACCCUCCAGGAGGCCCUGGAAACCACCUCGGCCUGGGCUGACGUGGCCCGCUACCUGGAGGCCAGCAUGAAAAUCUCACCAGGCAAGCUGGCUCAGGCCAUGGCAGAGGCCCAGGGGCCCGACAGAGGUGGGACAGGCUCCACCAUGGACGCGCAGGAGUUUGAGGACACCGCUGCCAAGCUCUUCCUGGUCAGAGUGCGCAUUGUGUCUUAGAGAGAGGACAUUGUCACUUCUCUGAGAGACAACAAGACUUGCAGCAAGACUUGUAGUGGAAAAAGUCAUGGUAAGAUGUAGCGCUGCACAGUGUAAACGACUGCAGGGCAUGAUAUCAAAGAUAAGGCUCAUCUGUUCUGUGCAAUCAAUAUGCAUUUACCUCACAUGGCCAUGUUUUGUAAACACUUACUGGAAUGUGAGUUAAUGAUAUAUUUAGGUCUAAACAAUUUAAAGAUUGAUCAAAAAGCUUGAGCAAAAUGAUUUAGACUAGGCCUAGAUAACAACUUUAGUAUCUCACAGAUUAUAUGUUCCUGAUUACACUGACCCUGAAUGUGACCUUGCACUGUUUCACGUCAGUUUGAUACCACUGGAACUUGAUACUGUGAGAAGGGUGCUUGUUGAACGCAGAACACCCAAGCCAGGAGGUUAAGUAGAGCAGAGGUUAAGAGUUCCAGUUGAGGAGAGCAGACUAUGGUGGGUCUUAGCAUGCAAUAUUUGAAGUUUUUCCAAACCCAUGUCAACUUAGCUCCAAGAGCCUUAUUCUUGUGCUUGUUUGAGAUAAGACUCCGUCGGCCAUGACGCAGCUGACGCAAAUAUACACGGAUAUGAUGAUAUUUAUGCCCAUUAUCGGGCCUUGGUUUCAGUAAAUGUGUAUUGUGACUAUAUUUACUUCAUAUGUUUCAGAAAGCUACAUCAUCAAAAUAUUCUUUCUACUUAGAUGUAAAAAGGUAUAUGUCACCUGAUAUUCGUCAAUAAAUGAAUUAUUUCUUAUGUGUAACAAGAAUCACGAUGUCUCUCUGGAAAAGCUUAUUGUCUACAGAAGAUCAAUUUGCUCUUUGUUUCUAAAAUUUGCUCUCUAAACCAUUAGUUGAGUGCAGAGUAAAACCUUGAGACAUCCAGCAGAGGUCAGCCUGUAGCGGAGUUAUGGUCAUAUUCUCAAAAGAGGAAGAGUGCUUGCAGUUCCUGCCACCCAUGUUUCUUCGUGUUUGAUCGCAAUAAUUUAGUUGAAACGGCACUGGUAGCUUUCUGGACAAUGUAAAGGUUUCACCUUUAACCCAUAUGAAAGCUCAAUAUGACAAGUGUUGGCAAGCGAGAGAGAGAGAGAGAAUACACAUUCUGUACAUUUUAUUUUGGGUUUAUAUGACCUGUUGUCAUAAUAGAUGGUAUCACUGGCUGUUAACAAAAAUGACAUGCCUAUUUUGUCAUUUUUGCAUUUUCCUGGAUGAUACCAUUUAACACCAUACAAUACAAUUACCCAGACAUACAGAUAUGAGCUGCAGCUGAGUAUGCAAUGUAAUAUGCCAUCCUUGAGAUCAUUUUCAAACCGGUUCCUCUUGACUAUGCAAACUCGCUCAGUAUUCAAACCAACUCAUACAUAGUACAGGUCAGUUUGGCUCUGUGAGGCCUAAUGGGUUACUGUUAACAAUAGAAGUGUCUCUUUGUGAAUCUUGACACCAGGAAAUAAAGGGAAAGUGUUGUGGACACAGGCCUACCAUUAAGGCUGCUCAUGUGACUUAUUGCUAGUCAAAUCAGCUGCCAGGCAGCACUGUUAUAUCAAGGCUAUUUCUGUCUCUCUUCCUGGGGCCACUUCAACAAGCUGCAGGCUCCACCACUGGAGCCUUUAAGAGACACAUCCUCUACGCUCGUUUUGUCAGUUCAGCAUUAUUUUCAUUGUUGCAUGCUGCUCAAGCUGAUGUGACAGCUGCUUCAACUCAGAACAGAAGCAGUUCAGUUCUCGUGUUCAUGACAAGUUUGUGAGGUUAUUGUGUGUAUUUUUUUUUUGUUAAUUCUAUUCUGACCCCUGCUGUCUUGUGUGUUUAUUGUUAUGCUGUUGCGGUCUCUCUUGACCAUGGUUAAGCUAUAAUUGAUGACAUUUGUGCAUUCUAAGGAAGAGCAUGUUUUGUCACUCGGAAGUAGGGUUCUGUGGAGCUGAAGAAACAUACUGGCCCCUUGUUUACCACUGACUGCAGUCUUGCUGCAGAGGCCAGACAGUGUCCUCAUUAUCAAUCUUAAUGAGGCCCAGUGUGUAAAUAAUUUAGAUGGGUGUUCAUUACAUUUCUUGUUUGGAGGGACAAGUUGACCUGACUUUCACAAUUGAGUUAGGUGGUAGUGGCAAGUCAGAUUCCCUCGAGAACCAAAUGUACGGGUGGAAUCAGCCCUGUGCCCAUCUUCAAGACUUCAUUUCCCCCAAACCCAAGCUUUUCACUUAAACAUGUUCAUCUCAUAACUUCUUGGUAAUGUCGCGCUUAGAUUUCCAUUAUAUGCCAUACUGAAGUGAGAGCAAAACCUUGCUGGUUUCAGUUGGAUACUUACACUUUUAGUUUACUUUGAUUUAAAAAUGUAGGCCUAUCUAUUCACGUUUAUAAACAGCCAUGAAGUGGGUUAAUUAUCAUGAAGUGGGUUAAUUAUCAGAUAUGUCUGUAGAACAUUCACAUGCAAUAGACACAGCAUGUUCUGGUAAGGUCAACAUGGUUUCAAUGUCCAAGUGCUAACCACACACUAACAAGGGGGCUACACCAGCUACAAUUUUAGAAGACUAGUCUAAUUUUUUUUCCGAAAUUAUGCAUUGCUAUCACGUCUGGUGUAGGUAGUUCCAUUGAUCAUAGUAGAAGCUAAUUGUUGCAGCAGACCCAAUGUGAAUAGAACAUUUAAGUUGUGCGCUCGGUGUAGCCCCCCUCUAAGGAGCGACACUCUUUCAAAUACACAGCCACCACCACCAAAGCAUUAACCACAUGAAUUCCAAUACAAAUUUCAAGUUUUUGCCUGAAAUUGCACUGUGCCUAUUUACAAGGGCAUUGUUCCCACCUCUUUUGGGGCCUACCAUCAAAUGUUUGACCUCUAUAGAAAGCGGAGAACCUGUAGUUUUCAUAGGAAACAGUCACAAUAACUGUGUGAUGUUCUGAUACAGAGUUACAGAGGCUAGAAUAUAGUUUUUUCUUUCUGCCGGAUUACAAGCAUCUCUGAACUGACCACAUUUCAGGCCUCUAGGUCACUUGAUACCACUUAGAAACACAACUGAGCCCUACAGUAGCACCAGGGGGGUAUUCGAAGUAUGUGAUUUAGUGACAAACCUGAGUAAGUUAACUCGGUGUUAGGGGUAAACCUCCUAAUAGAAGAGCUGCAUGG